UAGUAGUCAAAGUCUAGUCUAGUUCACUUUGGAAUCUGCGCGUUGAUUUUUCACAACUCAAAACUUAAAUUUAAAGCGCUUUGCACUCCCGUCUUUAAAAGUUAAAAUGCCGUUGUCACCAAGGACAGUGUUGAUAACCGGAGCAUCUCGUGGACUGGGACUAGAAUUUGUCAAACAGUUCUUAAAUUUACCAACACCUCCAGAAAAGGUGGUUGCUGCAUGCAGAAAUCCUUCGACAGCUACAGAAUUACGGAAAGUUGCUGCAGAAAAUGCCGCAGUGAAAGUAAUAAAAUUGGACGUUGAAAAUGAUGGAGAAAUAGAUACAGCAUUUAAAGAGACAGAAGCAGUUUUAGGGGAUAAAGGUCUUAAUUUGCUGAUCAAUAAUGCUGGAAUUUUAGACAGAAGUACUGAAGGAAACUUGAAAGACACCACCAGAGAUAACAUGCAGAGACACUUCAGCAUUAAUGCCACAAGUCCAAUAAUGAUUGUGCAGAGGUUUCUACCGCUUCUUAUUAAAGCCGCAGCUCAGGAAAAGUCACAAGAGCUUAGUGCUAGCAGGGCAGGAGUGGUUAUGAUUUCUGCACUAUUGGGAUCACAAGAUUUCAUAUUUAAAAAUGGCUACGGAGCAUGGAUCCCAUACAAGUGUUCAAAAACUGCUUUAAACAUGGCAACCAUCAUGAUAAGCAGAGAACUAAAAGAUUCUGGCAUUCUUGUUACUGCCAUCCACCCUGGCUGGGUGCGUACCGACAUGGGCACUGAGGCGGCUCCCAUUGGUAAGGAGGAAAGUGUCGCUGAUUGUCUCAAAGUUAUUGGAGAGGCCGGACUGAAAACACAUGGGAAACUGGUUGAUUUCAAGGGAAACAUUAUUAAAUUCUAAAUCAUGUUGUUUUUGUUAUUGAAAAAUGUGAUCUUGUUCAGGCAGAAAUGUUUCUGAAAUGCAAAGUAGGUAAAGAAAAAAAAUGUCUGUAUAUUUGUCUGAACAGUAAUAUUUUUUUCAUAAUAGACAUGAUAUUGUCAAAUAUGUCUUGAUAAUUUAAUAUUCAUGUGCCUUUACAAGGGCUAGUGCCCUAUAUGCAUGUUUUCAGUUUUAUACUUUUUCUCUACGUUACUAUAAGUUUCGGCAAGUGUCUAAUAAUUUUGGAAAUUUUACUAUUCGAUUGUACAGCAUUUAAGCAUCAACCUGUUUUGAAUACUUUCAAGAAACAUAAGUAUUUUUUUUUUAAGUAGUUGAGCUUAAAGUAAGGAAGUCAACAUAGGCCGAACAGCUGGAUCACACAGCAGUUUCUUCUUUCACCUUGUAUAAAAUUAGUAACUAAUAAGAAUUAAUAUGUUACUUCUGUGUAAUUAUUUUGUCACUGUUUAUAAAAGACCAAAAAUGUUCACAAUUCAAGCUUGAGGAAGAUUCUAUGAGACAUUUACACUUUCUUUGAAAGAUUUUGUAGCAAAUAUUUUUUUAAUGGACUAUUGUUUGUACUUCUACUUCUUAGUUUAAUGCUUUUCAUUUAUAUAAUAUUUAUUGUAAUUAUGUUUCCAUGGCUUUAAGCAAUAAUGUGAUGGGUUCACUGAAAUGUAUUAUGAUAAAAGCGGCAUUAUAAAAACUUUAUGUAAAUUAUUUUUCUAGUCUAUUUUUUAUAUGAGAUUUAUUAUAUUAUAAAUUUCACUGAAUUUUGUGUGUGUCAAAAUUGAUUUUGUAAGUCAUUUUUAGCUAAGAUUUCUCAGUAUUUGUUCAUUUAUAAUUAAUUGAUCUAUCCUGUAUUUUUAAAUAUUUUAAAGCUUAUUUGGACAUGAAAAAAAACAAUACAAAGAUAA